AUGGGGUUAUGGGUGGAGGUCCUCAGAGAAAUUCGUACUGGUAGCAGUAGCAACGACGAUGUUGACAGACUGACUGAGGUAGACAUGUUUCUGCAUGAUUUUCUGGUGUCCAUUCUUCCCUCGAUGCUCGAGAAUCGCCUUCAUCUCGCCCCCGAACUGAUCCAGAACGCCAGUCUUGCUCUGCUGGCCGAAAGCGCACUGGUGUCGUUCAUAGUCAGCCCAUUCAUCCACCACCAUGCCGACCGGUUUCAAAAUGAUUCCUGGCUGAUCGCUGGCCUGGUGGGCGAGUUGCUCGGUUCUGUGAUGAUUGCCGCCGCGGAUUCAUUAAUGCUACUAUUCUCCGGUCGCUUUGUGCAGGCGGUCGCAAACGCAAGUGUAGGUGUUCUUGGGCUGUCCAGCUUAUCACGAAAGGUAUCCUUGGAAGAGUUCGAUAAGAUAAAUCGCAUAAUGACCGUUUCCCUCGCGGUCGGCACGACGGCUGCACCUCUGAUCGCCGGUGCUCUUCUCCAGCUGGCGGGGUACUGGGGAGCUUGGAACUGCGCCUUCAUUGCGAGUGCGAUUGGCAUUGGACUCCAAUCUUUGAUGGUCGAUACACCACAGCCACAGGAGAAUUCGAAAUUGUCCCCGACUGACGAAUGUGCGAGCGAGACACCUGCAGUUGACGAAGAUAGCCCGUUGUUGCCAACGGCUGUGACGGGGAAUCUCACCGAGUUGGAAGGUGUCAUAUCAGGGAAGUUUAACUUGAACUUGUACAUUUUGCUUUUCACGAAUGCCCGAUAUGUCGGAGGCAUUGUCAGUAGUAUCUGUUACGCAGUUGUGUCAUCAAGUUUCAGUGCCACGCUACCGCUACACGUUCGCCACAUCUUUCACUGGGGAAGUCUUCCAACGGGGCUUCUAUUCGCGGCAAUUCAAGGCCCCAAUGCUGUUCUCGGUAUUCCUGUCGCGUGGUUGAAGAAACGAAUAGGCACGCGUCACCCAACGACCAUUGGUUUCGCUACCCUGGCCAUAAUGCUAUGGCUGAUGGGUGUUCCUGGGGACGAGCAGUUCCCCUGGGUGAACAGCGAGAAUCGAGACAUCUUGCUAUAUAUCGGAAGUGUGGCGGGUGCUGGGAUUUCCAUGUCCUUGUUAAACGGGGCUGGCAUGAUGGAAGCCACCAGCGCCGUUUACGAGCUCGAGGACGAGCACCCGGAAAUAUUCUGCUCCCGUGAAGGAUAUACCAGAGCGGUCUUUGUAACUCGAAUGAGUACAACGCUUGGGACCUUUGUAGGACCCAUUUUAUCGGGGACGCUAACCGAGCAAAGCGGAUAUUACGCGAUGAAUUGCGUGUUGGGUUCGUUUAGCAUCCCCCCCCCUGUUCCAAUUCUUCAGACUCAUGCUAAUAUCAACAUAGCGGGGAUAUGCGCACUAUGCUCCUUUUUCGUGCUCUGGAACUUGAAAUCCACGGUCCCUCGGCGUCCUGCAAAGGCGCAAGCGCGGAAAUAA